AUGCCAGCUGCAAACGGCACCAACGGUACGAACAGUACCAAUGGCACCAAUGGCACCAAAGACGCCCCAGUCAUCGACCCCUCAAUUGCCACCAGCCCCAAUGACCUGGCAGCAGUUCCUGGACUGCUGAAGGAGCUUAAUGCUGGGAUUGGCUCUUUGUCCACUGGUGGCCAAGAAGCCCGUCACGAGCUCCUGCUGAAGGCUCGGUCCAUUGUCCAAGCUCUCGAGGCUCCGAGAGAGACCAUGAUCAAGCACUGCUGGGCACAGACUGGUGCCAUUGCCGGUAUCAACUUUGGUGUUGACUCAGGGCUAUGGAAGCUCAUGGCCAAGAAUGGCGAUAGACCCCAAAAGGUAACCGAGUUGGCCGAAGCCCUUGGUGUUGACCCAGCUCUCCUGAGUCGUCUCAUGCGCCAUCUUGGUGCUAUGGGAUACAUCAAGGAGACCGGCCUCGACGAGUACCAGCCCACCAACUUCUCAAAGUCGCUCAGCCUUCCCAUGAUUGGAGAUGGAUACAUUGCUAUGACUUCCUGCACCAGCGCUGGCCCCUUACGAUUCCACGAGUACUCUCGCAAGAGAGGCUUCAAGAACCCGACCGAUGCAAAGGAUACAUCUAUGAUGUACGCUUACAACACCGACAAGGAUAUGUUUUCAUGGCAACAAGACUUGGGCUACGGCACUCACUUCAACCACCACAUGUCCGGCUACCGUCAGGGCCGUAACCCCUGGAUGGCUCCGGGAUUCUUCCCCGUCAAGGAAAGGCUCAUCGAAGGCGCCGACAAGAAUGCCGACGCCGCCUUCUUGGUGGAUAUCGGUGGCAGCAUCGGUCACGACUUGGCCGAAUUCCACCGCUACCACCCCGACGCACCGGGCAAGCUCAUUCUUCAGGAUCUGCCUGUCGUCAUCGGCCAGAUCCAGGAGCUGACGCCAGCCAUCACGCCCAUGGGCCACGACUUCCUAACAGAACAGCCCGUCAAGGGCGCUCGUGCUUACUACAUGCACUCAUGCCUGCACGACUGGCCUGACGAUGUCUGCGAGAAGAUUCUAGCACAGAUCAAGGCCGCCAUGAAGCCUGGCUACAGCAAGUUGCUCAUCAACGAGAACGUCAUUCCGUCAACUGGUGCCUGGUGGGAGACAUCGGCGCUUGAUAUGGUCAUGCUAACACUCUUCUGCUCUAAGGAGCGCACCGAGGGUGACUGGUACAACCUUCUAGAGAAGAUUGCUGGGUUGAAGAUUGUGAAGAUCUGGGGUGGAGGCAAGGGCGUUGAGAGCUUAAUUGAGGUUGAGCUUCCAUAG